UUUCUGGCGGCGCCGGCGCCAUCUUGUAGGAACCUGCGAGCGAGUGGGAGUGGAGCGGGGCGGCCGUUGUUGCCGACUCUUUCCUUCUCGCCACGCUCGGGUCCGCGGGUUGACUAGGCCAUCGGUCCUCAAGGCGAAACUUGUCUCUUAUUUAGUUCUGGGGAGCGCCUGGCCGACAUGAGUGAUGUAGAGGAGAACAACUUCGAGGGCAGAUGAGCGGCCGCGUCUCUGUUGGAACCGGCGGCGUUGCGUCUAUAAAGGCGAAAGCCUUGAGGUUGGAGGUGGGACGAGCCCAAUGAAGUGGUUAAUGUUCGUGAAGAAAUUGAAGAGUUUUUUCCAAGAAUGUGGAAGAUAAAUCAAGAUAAAAGAAGGCUAAUGAAAAGUAUUAAAGAUCAGAAAAUUAAAAUUGAAUGGGGGAAAAAAUUGAACAGAAGAUUGGUCAGAUAGAAGCACUUGAAUAUUUUUUUAAGGCUAUUUUGAAUUGUUUGAAUUGGGGAAGAAUACACGAAGUAUGAAAAAUGAAAAACUCAAUGAAGAAUGAAGAGAAGUAGAAAGCAAGAGUGAAGUAGAAUUAAAAGAAUCUGGAAGAAUGAAUGGGUCCUAGGAGUCUCGCUCUCAGUCAAAAUCUCCAACGGGAACUCCUGCUCGUGUAAAAUCGGAGAGCAGGUCAGGAUCUCGUAGUCCAUCAAGGGUUUCCAAACAUUCUGAAUCCCAUUCUCGAUCAAGAUCAAAAUCCAGGUCCAGGUCAAGGAGGCAUUCUCACAGACGUUACACGCGAUCCAGAUCCCAUUCUCACUCUCACAGGAGACGUUCUCGAAGUAGGUCAUACACACCAGAAUACCGGCGUCGAAGGAGCCGAAGUCAUUCUCCAAUGUCUAACCGGAGAAGGCAUACAGGCAGCAGGGCAAAUCCAGAUCCUAAUACUUGUCUUGGAGUGUUUGGCCUCAGUUUGUACACAACAGAGAGAGAUCUUCGUGAAGUAUUUUCUCGAUACGGACCAUUGAGUGGUGUCAAUGUGGUUUAUGAUCAGCGAACUGGACGAUCACGAGGAUUUGCUUUUGUCUAUUUUGAGAGAAUAGAUGACUCAAAGGAGGCUAUGGAAAGGGCAAAUGGAAUGGAGCUGGACGGUAGAAGAAUUCGUGUGGAUUAUUCUAUCACCAAGAGAGCGCACACACCUACACCAGGCAUCUACAUGGGCAGACCAACUCAUAGUGGUGGUGGCGGAGGUGGAGGCGGUGGUGGAGGCGGAGGAGGUGGCAGACGGCGGGAUUCUUACUACGAUAGGGGAUACGAGCGUGGUUAUGACAGAUAUGAAGACUAUGAUUACCGGUACAGAAGAAGAUCACCUUCUCCUUACUAUAGUCGAUACAGAUCACGAUCAAGAUCUCGUUCCUACAGCCCAAGACGCUAUUGAUGAAGAGAAUGAUUGCAGUUGAGAAUCUUUUUCUCUCUCGUUUGAUUCUGGGUUUCCCUGAGCUUCUAAUCCUUCCUGCUUCUUAAAAAGAAUCUGUAAAAAAACCUUUGGUUUAUUUAGCAUCCACACUUUGUCAAUUGUAUUGCUGUUUUCCACCCUUUUUAUUAUACUCUUAAAGAUGUGUCAUUUUGAAUAGUUGAACAUCUUGAGUAAAAAAGGAACCCCCAGUGUUAAAUGAUUUUUUUUUUUCUUUGCUUUUACAGAAAAUUAACUCCUGGCUAAUCAAAAGAGGAAAGAAAUGAUCUUUUUAAAGCUUCUUUUGUGUUAGAUAACUGUAUUAGAUAUUGUAUUAGAAAUCUACAUUUAUAACAAACUCCUUUUUUAAUUUUCUUUUGGGGAAGGUAGUAACACAUAAAGUAGUUCAGUCAUGUCGGGUUUGUCGGGUGGCAUGGAGCAAAUAGUUGAGUGUAGAAAGUUUGAAGCUAUAAAAGAAAACACUUGGUCAUUUCUUUUGAAAAUAUGGAAAUUUUGAACCUUAAUGAUUCAUUUUUUCUAGAGAUGGAAAGCUUGUGGACUCCUAUAAAACGUAUUUAAACUACAUCUGUUAAAACUUACAAAGUGUGAUUUUUUUGUGUGUGUUGAAUUUAUUGAAGUAUUCUCUUAAUCAGUGAAGGACAACCCUUAUUAUUUAUUUAUUAGAGCAGUUGUAUACUUUCCUGUUAGAAAUUUUGGUAUGGAACAAUGGUUAAGCAGGCUGUUGUAUCGUAUAGAGUUCUUAGAGGAUAUGUGUGGGGAAAAGUAGUCUCCUUUCAAAUAAAAGUUAAUUUCUUUGAAAA